AUGCAACAGUUUCUUUGUUGUGCGGGAGAUGAUACUUAUUACAAAUUAAAUUGUUAUAGAAUUGCAACUUUACAUUCUUCGAAUAAGAAAACAGGAAGCCGGAGUAGUAGUCCGUCUAGUGAUGAUGAGAAUCGUCAAGGAUUUUUUGUCGGCGGUAGCGAGCAGAGUGGGAAUGUAGUGCUUGGACCAGAUAGUUCACGUAAUGAAGACUUCAUUUCACAGUUUUUCAAGUCAGUUCGUGCACGUGGUGCUGAACCUCUGACACAAGAAGAGAAUGGCAAACUAGGAACUCGUGAUGCAGUGAAGUUUGCUUCGAAUAGUAAAGGUUAUCGUUUGGGAGAUGCUGUAGAGCAGUCUCAGUUGAUUGAAUCGAAGAUUUCUUCUGGUCCACAGGAAGUGACACUCAUAAUGUGGGAAAAUGGAUUUACUGUAGAUGAUGGUCCACUUCGACUCUACAAUGACCUGACAAGUCAUUCGUUUUUGCAGUCGAUUAGCGAAGGACACAUUCCAAACGAGUUAGUACGACAGCAUCCGGGUAAAGCUAUUGACAUUCGAAUGGAACGUCGACGUGAACCAUAUGUAGUUAAACCUAAACCGUUCAGUGGACAAGGACAGAGGCUAGGUGAACUUGUUCCUGCUAUCGCUCCUGCAGGAAAUUUGGAACAAGGAACGAGUAAUGGUGCUAAUCCAGCGAACAAUGGAUGUGUAGAUUUGGAUUGUGUUAAGAAAGCGCAGGAAUCGAUAAAACUAGUUGAUGGAGAGCCCACUACGCAUGUGCAAAUUCGACUACCAAAAGGGGAGCGAAUUAUCGGGCAAUUUAAUUAUAAUCAUACGGUUGGAGACAUUCGAAAUUUUCUCGUAAUUGCAGCACCAGAUUAUGCUUACCAGCCAUUCAAUUUGAUGACAACCUUUCCGAAUAAAGUGAUUGAACAAGAAAAAAUUUCUUUAAAAGAAGCAGGUUUAUUGAAUGCAGUUAUUGUUGCUAAACUUGCAUAA